GUUCGUCUUACACGACAAGACGUUUUUCAUAAGCUUUCUCCUCCACAUGUCCGAGCUUGUCUCAACUCCAGGAAAUUGCGGAGAAGUUGCUGAUUGUUAGUAUUCCAUUACGUACAGUUCCAACUUGCCAUCUCACAAGGAACAAGAAACCUCCCUACGUUGCGGGGGGAUCCAAUCAGCAGCAUAUUAUCUUCUUGGCCUUCGUCUGGGGGAGGGGCAAAAGACAAAGGCCAGAGACGGCUAUAAGCGGACUGGCGUUGCAAUUGAAUGCCUGCGAUUAUGACCCCAAUACCAAGCUUUCCAACUCCCCAACCAUUCUCCUCCAAGCCUUUCCAUCUAUCUCCCAAGACUUUUCCAAGACUCUCCCAAGACUUUCCCACAUGCCCUUUGUGGAAUGAUCAGUUCCCAAUCUCACUACUCGCCAAGCACACUGACGCCCGCAGACGAGAUCCUGACAUUCAAGGUUGUUCUGUUUGCUAUCGCAUCAGAUGCUUUCAUGUGGCCUUUCUCUAUCGUCUGUCAGUACCCAGCGUAGAUGUAUUUCGCAAAGGGAAACAGGAUGCACCGAUACGCCAUUUCAUAGCUUUAGGUUGAAUGAGUUUAACAACAAGUCAAGCCAUCCUGUUCACCUAUUUUAUUCAGUGGGCUCAAGUGGAUAUUCAAACGUAAUAAGUCGAUGCUCUGCGGGGUGAAGGCAUAUUCGCUUCAAUCGCCUGGGAUACGCUAUUCUCCAAGGUGAAAAGGCCCAUGUCGAACGUUGGCCGUAGCAUCGGCCGGACAUCGAGCUAUAGAGGGAUAGGCUCAAACACCCAUGGCCAUUCGCAAAUAUCCCUCGUUGUGAGGAAUAGGACUGAGUUGGAGCAAGACGAAACGAGGUAUCGGAAUCUUGCGGUUGGCGCGCACCGCUCGAGGGGGGAUUGCCCAUUGUCGUAUACUGUCCGAAAUACAGGCGACACCCAAAAUGUCGACAUGAGGCGUGGUCGACUCUUCUGAGUAAGUUUCCAGAACCUUUUCUUUUUGGGGUAGCAGGCGUUUGCACGGAAGCUAGUUAGGUACUCCAAACAGGCUACUUAGCGUGUAGGAUACAGGUUGCCUGUUUCUGCCUCCCGCCGCCUCUACGAUGAUUGAUUCGUUCGGAACCUGAGUCCGGUUAUGCUUAAUCGCCUCAUGCGGCAAUUGUAAGGAUGUCAUGCCCGGUUAUCUCCUGACGCUGCCUUCCAAAAAGUCCCCAUACAAUCGCGAUAUUACCUUAUAGCGUACGUCUUGGGACUAGAUAGAGGAGUUGGGAGUCUUGCUUUUGCAUGAGAUCGUUCCGAGGCAAUGGGUGGCAUGGAUCCUCGAUGGAACGUAGCAAUUGUCGGCUUGAUGAUCCAAGACACGGUCAGCCAAGAGAACGGGGCAAAAGAUAUAUCCACAGGAAAGCCAUGCACUAUUGCACUGUGAUGCUGAGAGAUAUUCGAUAGCUGGUGAGGAUGUCUGGCCAAAAAUUAGCCGCC